CUCUCUCUCGUCUAAUAGAUUCUAUUAAGGAAUUAAAAAAAUGUAGGAAGGAAAAGAAAUUAAAUUAUUAUGCCAAAAUUGGUGCGACUGCGAUCUUCUCUUCUGCUCUUGCGACUGUGAAUCACUAUGGCUCAACCCCACCCCUAUUCAGGACCCGUCACUGGCUACCCCGCCCCCACUUCCCAACAUCCCUUUCCAAACGGCAACCCCUAUGCCCCCCCUCCCACUAACCUCUACUACUACAACCACCAAACCCCAACCCCCCUUUAUCGCACCACUCUCCUCCGCCGCAUCAUCGCUGCUAUCAUUGUUGCCACCGUUCUCUUCUUUACCAUCUUCCUUAUUUGCUGGCUGGUCAUCCGCCCCCACCGCCCCCAAUUUCAUAUUACCUCCUUUUCUAUCUCCAAUUUUAACAUCUCCGCUUCCUCCCAGAGGCUCACUGCCAACUGGAACGCCCGCUUUCAGGUUUACAACCCUAAUAAGAAACUCAAGAUCUCUUAUGAUAAUAUCGUCUGCUCUCUUCUUCUCAAAUCUGAGCUCUUAUCUCAGACCCGAAUCCCUCCCCUGUAUCAGGACACCAAGAAUCUCACUUCUCUUGAUGCCUCUUUCUCUGCUCUCGACACUUACGUCGACGACCGGGUCCUUAAGGAUAUUAAUGCUGCACGUCCCACCCUCGCCUUCAAUGUCAGGUUGAUGGCUGAUGUUGGCUUUAAAGUUGGCGGCUUUAGAGCCCGUCAUCGUUUGCUUAGGGUUUGGUGCGACAAUGUGCCUGUAUCCCUUUCUUCGGCCACUAGUGGUUCUGGGAACUUGACCGGUGGUUCCAGGGAAUGCAAGGUUUAUGCCUGAGUGAGUAAUCAUUUUAUAACUGCACAUUCGAGGAAAGUAAUUGUCAGGGUGUGUAGAUGUACAUGGCUUUAGGCUUUUUUUUUUUUUUCUUAAAUCCAAAAUUUUAAUCUGUUCCUUUUCAUCUCUUUUUAAUGGUUGUAUAGUGAUCUUAGUUUAUGCUAAAUGCUCAUUGAUUUCUUUCUGCA